AUGAAGGAACUCUUACACAUUCAUAAGCCUAUCAUGCUGGACAGUACCAACUUUGGUCACUGGAAAGUAAGGAUGAAACACAUCAUCAGAGGGGUUGAUGAAGAUGCCUGGACAUCUGUAGAAGAUGGUUGGAGUGCUCCUACUGUUGUCUUGGAAGAUAAGUCUGUAGGUCCAAAGCCUAAAGACCAGUGGACUGAUGGUGAGAAGAAGGCAUCUAAAUUCAACUCUAAAGCUCUAACUGUCAUAUUCUCAUCAGUAGAUGUUGAGCAGUUCAAGAUCAUACAAAGAUGUGAAUCUGCCACGCAAGCAUGGGAUACGCUCAUAAAUCACUUUGAAAGAAAUACCAGUGUGAGAAGAACACGCCUUGAUCAUCUAGCCUCUAAGUUUGAGAACCUGAGAAUGAGUGACGAUGAGUCGAUUGAUGGAUUCAUAUGGAAGAUCAGUGAAUUGGCAAGUGAAGCGUCUGUCCUUGGCAAGAAGUAUGAAGAAAAGGAUUUGGUGAAGAAACUGCUAAGGUGUUUACCACCACGGUUUGAAGCUUAUAAAGUUGUACUCACACUGGCUGUUGACACAGAUGAGAUGAAGUUUGAUCAACUCUCAGGCAUUUUGAAAGUGCAUGAUCUUGAGAAAACCGACCGACAAUCUACUAAUCAGAAGAGCAUUGCUUUCACAGCCGAGUCUAAGGAUGAUGGUCGAGUCACUAAGAUUGAAGAGAACCUGAGUCUAAUGGCACGAAACUUCAACAAGUUUGUCAAGCGUAUGGAGAAAGGUGGUGGUAGAUUCAAUGGACAUUACCAAAAGGAUGAUAAUGAAAGGAGUAGCUCUCAGCUUUCAAAGCAUGAUUCUAGCAAGAACACAAAGAAGUGUCAUGAGUGUGAAGGCUACGGGCACUUCAGGAGCGAUGAGUGUCCUAGCAUUCUCAAGAAAGAGAAGUCUCUCAUGUGUUUCAGUGACACUGAAUCUGAAACCAAGAAUGAAGAAGGUGAGCUGCACCUAAACUUCAUGGCUCUAAUUGGUCGAGAAAGUGGAAAAGAUAUUGAUGCUGACAGCGAGGGUGAUGAUGAUCUUGAACAAGAUCUUGAAACUGAGUACAAGACUCUGUUUGACAAAUUCUCUGAUCUCAGUCAUGAGAAUCUCGAGCUCCUCAAGGAGAAAGCAUUGAUGAAAGCUCAGAUCAACAUACUGGAACUUGAUCAGCCUCCCACUAAGACAAAAACUUACUCAAUUGACCGAGAGUCAGAUCAAGAAGUUCUUGCACUAAAGAGAGCAAUGACAGAGCAGGAACGAGUUCGUAAGGAAGCUGAAGCACAUGUACAAAGAUUGAGUGAUCUCUUAGCCGCAGAGACUGAUCAAAGCAAGCUACUUGAAAGUCAACUAACUGAAAAUCACAAGAAGGUCCGCAUGCUCUCAUCUGGUACUGCAACUCUUGAUCACAUACUUACAUUGGGACAGUGUCCUAGUCUCAACACCGGUUUGGGAUAUAAAAGAUCUACCUCAAAGGAUACUGAAACAAAGUUUGUGAAGGAAUCUCCUAAUGAAGAGAAGAAACCUGAAGAGAAAGGAGUCCCUGUUGAAAGAAACAAGAAUGUCCUUCCUAAACCAAGAAGAUUUGGAAACGGAUGUCAGUUCUGUGGGAAACGAGGACACAACGCCAGAUUCUAUCACUUUCGAAGACGUCAGUAUGAGAGAGCAUGGAGGUUGAACAUGUGCUUCACCGAACCAACUGCUUACGGUUGCGUAUGGAUAGCCAAACGUGAUUUGUAUCCGAACUUCAAAGAGAACACUCACUCUAAGAUAAACACCAGUUCUUUUGAGUCACACAUUGAAGCAGAACAUGAUCUAGUUUGCAACCUGGUGCGAGUGCAAGUAGACACAGAGAUCGUGAGUAAUGUUGCUUAUACCUCUGCUGAUGAAGAAGUAUCACAAUCGCAACUUCCCUGGUAUUUUGAUAGUGGGUGCUCAAAGCAUACGACUGGAAAUGAAGACUAUCUUGAGAAACUCGAACUCAUCAGAGGUGGAAAAGUUACUUUUGGAGAUGGAGGACAAGGCAAAAUUCGUGCAAUUGGAACAACCUCCAGACCUGAUGUGCCUAAACUCUCAAAUGUUUACUUUGUUGAGGGUCUCAAGGCAAAUCUGAUCAGCGUGAGUCAACUUUGUGAUGAGGGAUUAGAGGUUAUCUUCAACAGCAAGGAAUGUCGUGCCGUUGACGCAAGAAACAAUGCCGUGUUGAGGGGUAUUCGUUCAGGAAACAACUGCUAUCUUUGGAGACCUUCGAACGUGUGUUUUGCGGCUACUGAAUCCAAACUUGAUCUCUGGCACAAGAAACUGGGUCCCAUGAACACAAAUGGACUCUUCAGACUCGUAAAUGCUGAAGUAGUAAGAGGUGUUCCUGAUUUGGAGAAACAGACAGAGACAGUAUGUGGAGCAUGCUGCCAAGGAAAGCAAGUCAAGGUACAACACAAACAAAUUUCAGAGAUCAGAUCUACACGGAUAUUGGAACUGGUUCAUAUGGAUCUCAUGGGUCCUAUAACUCCUGAAAGCAUUGCUGGUAAGCAAUAUAUUUUUGUAUUGGUUGAUGAUUUUUCCAGGUAUACAUGGGUAGACUUCUUACGCAACAAGUCUGAUGCCCUUGAGAGUUUCAGAAUCCUGUCUCUUCAGCUCAAACAUGAUAAAGGUGGAAUCAUUCAGAUUAAGAGCGAUCAUGGCGGUGAGUUUCAGAAUAAGCAGUUUGAUAAGUUCUGUCACAUUCAAGGUAUCCGUCAUCAGUAUGCCGCUCCAAGAACUCCUCAACAAAGUGGGGCUGUGGAAAGAAAGAAUAGAACAUUGCAAGAAAUGGCUAGAGCAAUGCUGUGUGGAAACAGUAUUCAAUCUAGGUUCUGGGCGGAAGCAAUCAACACUGCGUGCUAUGUGAUAAAUCGGGUCUAUGUCAAGCCAAAGACCAAGACUACUCCUUAUGAGAUUCUCAAAGGUAAAACACCGAAUCUGAGCCACAUGUAUGUGUUUGGAUGCUUGUGCUACAUUCUGAAUGAUAAAGAACAUAUGAGAAAGUUUGAAGCAAGAAGUGACGUAGGGAUGUUUCUAGGAUACUCAGUGAACAGUUCAUCCUACCGUGUGUUUAAUCAGCGUAUCAGGUUUGUAGGUGACAAUGUUAACGUCGUCUUUGACAAUAGCAUUGGGUUCUAUGAGGCUCGUGUAACACAGACAAUAGACGGUGUCACGCCAAGCUCUUCCAGACAAGCUGAAAACAAAGCUGAGAAUGAAGUGAAAGAGGAAUCUGAAGAAGACGAAGAACCUGAGAUGACCUAG